AUGACUAUUUUUUCUAAUCUCCUGGGCUGUUUGAAGAAGAAGAAGGUGCAACAUCAUACCCACAAUAACGUAGCACUAGAACAAGAACAACGUCAAAAUACGUAUGCCUUUUACAAACACAUAGAGAAGCAGAAUCAACUCAACACUAACUUCUUGAGUUUCCAACCUCAUGUUACUGAGUACCUAAGAGACUCUAUGGUUGAUUGGUUGACGUCCCUCCAUUUUUCUCUCCCUCUUACACAACCGACUCUCUUUCUCGCCGUCAAUAUUUUCGAUCGUUUUCUCUCCGUUGAGCUUGUGUUGUCUGAACAUGACUUGAAAAUGGUGGCUAUUGUUGCAUUAGUCAUUGCCUCUAAGUUUGAGGAGAGACGGUUUCCUUAUGCUCUUACCUUAAUGGAGAAUGGGGUCGGUAGUAAUUACAGUCAACAACAGAUAAUUGCUAUGGAAAAAAAUAUUCUUCAAAAAUUGGGGUGGAAGUUAUUUGUUCCAACCAUCCAUUUCUUCUUGGUUGAAAUUUUAGAUUCUUGCGGGUAUUUUGAUCGAGAAUUCAAGAAUAUGGCAUUCUUUUUUGGUGAAGUGGCCCUUAGCGAUUACCAUGCUACUAUCAGUUACUCUCCAUCCACACUUGCUGACUCUGCCAUUUAUGCUGCAAUGUGCGUGCUAAAGAAAAGCCAGGGUUCCAAGAGGAGAUUUCUUAACACCAAUCCAUCUCAUUCGAAAAAAGAAGUCAUCUUCUGUGCUGAAAUGCUUCAACGGCUGGCGAAUAUGGCACCUAAUGGGAAACUAAUGAGAACGGUUUCUAAAAAGGCAGGAACAUUUGUAGGCUCUCCUGAAAUUUGGGCGUUCUCAUUAGUUGAUUGUUCCCCAGCCGAUCUUGGUUUGAACUUAUAUAGCUUGAAUCAUCCUUGCUCCGCAUCUUUGAUUUCAAGGACUUGGAUCUCGAGUCCAGCGAGUGGCUCAGAGGACAAUGAACAUCAUGUGCAUCUAGAUUCUCAGUGUGAGACCACAAAUAAGGCAAUGACUCUACCAGUUGCCCAACUUCGUUACCAGAAACCUUAUGACUUCUAG